AGGCCUUAAUUAUUAUCGGAUAUCCCUCCAGAUCGAGCAGGCCGGUACUGACCAUGGAUUACCCUAUUCCUACUCCGGAAGAGCAACACAAAGGUCCUGAUCUUAGACAGCAACACUACAAUGGAGAUGCUGGCCGGGUGUUGCCAAGAGAUGGGGAACCAAAAAAGAGUAGUUUUGUCCGGUGGGAAGACAGCAUUACUACUACUUCUAGAGAUCAGGGUAAAAACAAUAUGACCCCUGAACCUUGCCAUGAGGAGAAGACCAUGCGCAAGUCUGGAGGCGAAAGCCAAGUGAAGAAACAAGCAGGUUUCAGCAACAACGUCGGAAGCAGUGCCAAAGCCAAGACGGGUGUGGAUAAUCCUACUGGGAAUAUUGAUACUUCUGUGUGGUCCAAAAAGGACAAUAUUAAUUGUGUUCUCGUGGGAGUAGACAUUAACCAAUAUGAUAUGUUAUCAAACGACCGUAAGGAGGAUGGGAAAACUGCAGGGGUCCAGUCAAAAAAUGUAGCAGACCCGUUGAGCAGACCUCAUCAAUUAUUUCAGGGUGAAAACAGUACGGCAUCACCCACAAUUCCAUCGGAUGAUGAAAAGGAUGAAAAAGGUCAUGAAAAUGCGACGUUCGACAUUAACGUUGAUCCACAAACAACUCCAUCGAAUGCAAAGGAGAUGAAGGGUAUUACUUAUUAUGAUAACACAUGCAGUUUCAAGUUUAUUGUUUAA